AUGUCGACUUACCAAGGACCAGGAGUAAGACAGAAAAACAUUGGUCUCAUCCUGCUCAGUCUGGCCUUCCUUCCAGUCGACACAUUCUUUACAAUAUGUGCGUUGGUAUCCUGCUAUAUCUCGCAACCUCUGGCCACCCGCCGUAGGAAUCAAGCGAGGCAAAAGUUCGACUUCAGUCCCAAGACCAUCCUCGUGACAGGAGUCGGGAUGACCAAAGGUCUGGUCAUUGCUCGAUCGUUCUACGAAGCCGGCCACAAUGUCGUCGGUGCAGAUUUUGAGCCCAGCGGAGCUCUGGCUUGUGGGCGAUUCUCGAGGUCGAUCUCCGAAUUUUUACCACUCCGUCCACCAAAGGCUGGCUCCGGCGCUGGGCCGUACAUCGAAAGUCUCCUGAGCAUUAUCAAGAGCGAAGGUGUGGAUCUCUGGGUCAGCUGUUCAGGUGUUGCGUCCGCAUUAGAAGAUGGCGAGGCCAAAGAGAUCAUCGAAGCACGAACUUCCUGCAAAGCUAUCCAAUUCGACAUGCGCACGACGCAGACGCUGCAUGAAAAGCACUCGUUCAUGCAGCAUACCAAGGACAUUGGCCUCACAGUCCCAGAUACCCAUUACAUCGCCAGCCGAGAAGCGGUUGAUGAUGCUCUGAAGAAGGCUCCAGAGGGACGCAAAUACAUCAUGAAACCGGUCGGUAUGGACGACGCUAACAGAGGCGACAUGACGCUCCUGCCUCGACCGUCUACCGUGGAGACAGCUGCACACUUGUCUAAGCUGAGGAUUUCGGAGAAGUCGUCUUGGAUUCUGCAGCAGUACAUCAGUGGCCCGGAAUACUGCACUCACUCGCUUGUGGUGAAGGGGCAGGUGAAGGCUUUUGUAGCUUGUCCGAGCGCUGAACUGCUCAUGCACUACGAAGCUCUGCCGUCUGACUCGAAACUCCACCGAGCUAUGCUAGACUUCACGCUGCAGUACGCGAGAAAUGGCGGCGAGAGCUUCACUGGUCACCUCAGCUUCGACUUCAUGAUCGACCAGAAUCAGAUGGAUGGCCCUCACAGUGUCCGGGAGGGAAUGACUCCGACACUGUAUCCGAUCGAGUGUAAUCCACGGGCACAUACCGCUGUCGUCCUCUUCAACGAAACUCAGGGCAUGCCGAGCGCUUACUUAUCGGUUCUCGAUGCUCCUCCUGCUGACUGGACUGGAAUUGACAUCGUCACACCGCACUCCAGCGACAAGUACUUCUGGAUCGGCCACGAUCUCGUCGAACUCUUGCUGCUCCCGCUUGUAUCGCUCUUGCUCAUGCAGCCCGCAGCAUCUCUUUCUGACUUGGCGAGCGGUUUCUCUACCUUCGUCAACCACGUCCUCUACUGGCGCGACGGCACGUUCGAGCGAUGGGACCCUCUUCCGUGGUGGUGUCUGUACCAUAUCUACUGGCCGAUGAGGUUCCUGCAGUCUUUCAACUCUGGGAAGGGCUGGAGUCGGAUUAAUGUCAGUACGACUAAGAUGUUUGAGUGCUGA